AUGAACGUUGCCGAGCUUGCUCCAGGCGAUGAUGAGGUCGAGCGGAGCUUCAAAGAGGAGAUGCACUCUGCGAGGACCCGCCCGGCAGUCGUCGAGCCGUCGCCUCCCAAGCUUCACAGCAGCGCUGCUUCAGUCCCGACGCGUUUGGUUGCCCUUUUUCGCAGGCUGGCGCCAGAUGCGCGCGGCUCUCCAGCCAGACAUGGUGGUCAGGCGCGUUCCGGUGGCUACGACGGCAGAGCGUCGGAUGCCGACAGAGAAGGCAAGUCACCCGUUCAGGGAGCCACACUUCCGGAGCCAUGGACCAGGCGUCUGGCCAACACGAUGAUUCUGCACACUGUGCAGAAUUCAAUGAUCCUUGCAACAUACCUCCUGGAGCUUCUCACAAGUGGCUACGGCGCCAGGAGCGCUUUGCACAUCGCUUGCUGGGAGGGAUCCGUGUCGGCGGUGCAGGUCGUCGCCAACGGCUCAAAGAAAGCCGUUCAAGACUGGCACCAGCGCAAGGGAGAUUUGACUCCACUGCACAUUGCCGCGAUUUGCAGCCAUGCGGAGGUUGCUGAGCUUCUGCUGGGCUACGACAUCGAUCCGGACAUCAAUACCGUGCAUCAGCUGCGGUCGCUUCACAUCUCUGCUACCUCCAGCACUGAUCUUUGUGAAGUGCUGGUGUCUAGUCGAGCAGACAUCACAGCACGCACGGCGGAUCAGGAUACCCCACUCCACUUUGCAAAUUGUUUCCAGCAGCUGGACACCAUCGAGCUGCUCUUGAAAGCAGGCGCAGAUGCCUCGGCCGCGAACAACUUCGGCGUGGUUCCGCUGCAUGUAGCUGUGGCUUAUGCCGGCCUUGAGCGGCUGGAGUUGCGAGAGGCGAAGGCGACGCUGCUGCUUUGCGCCUAUGGUGCCAAACUGGAUGCCAGGGACCAUCAUGGCCACACCCCUGCGGCCGUGGCCCGGAUGGCAGGCGCUCACAGCUCCUUGAUCGACUUCCUCGAGUCCGCAAGUGAGGACCAUCAGGCGACUGCACAGGAUUUGCUGAAUGCUGUGGACGAGGAUGCCGAAGACUUCGCUUCCAGCUCCCUAGCGCUGAAGGCCAUGCAGAGCGAGAAAACCGCAGGAAGUGACGGAUGGGCGCCGCCAUCCCCCAGCGUGGCAAGGGCGAGAGCGAACUCGUAUGCUGGACAAGAUAUGCAGCUGACGGAGGAGAACUCGCGCCUAUCACAGGAGACCAAGCGGCUUCAGAAGGAGCUUGAUGAGGCUCGGGCGAAUAUUCGGCACCUUCAAGGACUGCUCGAUCAGAGCAGAUCAACCAUGGAGCGGCUGAAAAGCACACGACUCAGCGUCUCCGAGGCUCCCGGAGCAGAGGCGAAGCAGAGCGAAGCGCUGGGGGCGGAAUUUGGCCUUCGCGUCUGCGUUUUUUCGGAGGCAUUUCAGGCGGUCCGUGACGACAUGGAGAAGGAGAAGCCGUUGAGAAGCUGCAUUUUGCUAAGUCAAAGAAUCUUCUUGAGCCUUCUUGAAGGAGAUGGGCGAGCUCCGGCAGCGGCAAGAGGAUCUGGGCUUCGACCUGAGUGCUACCAAAUGACUAUGAGGGUGUACUUGAGAUCUGGGCACGAGCUCGACCAGGAAUCCACCGAUGUGAGGCUAGUCUUGGCAAGCCGAGAAACCUUCACAGCUGAGGCAGAGAUCGGGAUAGCUGGCUGCAGGACUGUUGGAACCCUGGAACCGGAAUUCGCAAGGAAGGUCGCAUCCAGCAGCGCGCAGGAGCGAGAGUCCCUGCUCCGGCAGCUGGAGGAGGCGGCCGAGAAGCAGGAACGAGCCGAGGCCACCGUGAAGCGCAUCACGGCAGAGCGCAACGAAGCCUUGGAGCGACCUGCAGUCAAGGACAUCUCAAGGCCGUCUUCGGCGGUCACCCGACAGGCUGCAGAACAAGCGGCCACGCAAGACGCUGCGCUCUUUGCCAAAGAAGAAGCCCUGAGUCAGAAGGAUGCAGAGCUGCAAGCGAAAGCGCAAGCCGAGCAAGAGGCCCUGGAGGCCCUGCAAGCCAAAGAUGCUGAGCUUGAGCGCCUCACCGCUGAAUUGCACGCGAUGAAGUCUCAAGCGGACCGCUCCGGCAAAGAUCUGGAGGAGAGAUCCGCCGAGCUCUCCCAAAAAGAGGCCGACGUGCUGAGCCGCAAGGCGGAGGUGCAGCGCCUGAACGGCGAGCUCGAGCGCCAGGCGACUGAGAAGGAAGAGCUCUGGAAGAACCUCACUGAGCUCCGAGCACAGCACAAGGAGCUCAGGGAGCAGCAGAGCAAGACCAGCCAAGAGCUCGGAGCCGUGCAGACGCAGCUGCAGGAGAGGGAGGUGGAGUUGGAAGGUCAGUUGAAGGAGAAGGACCAGACCAAGCAAGCUGGAAGAGGAUGCUGCACCGGGCGUGGGCCUUCGUCCCAUCUGCAGGAGCUGACCAUCCAAAAACUGGAGGAAGAUGCGACCCAGUUGACUGGCCAGGCUAAGCCCUUUGCAGAGCAUGUUGCGGCCACGUCGUGCGAUGGCGUCUCUGGAGGUGGCGGAGCUCAGCGGCGUGCGGGAGCGGGCAGAGCAGGCGGAGAAGAUGCUCGGCACUCCGGAGCUCUCGCUGCGCAGCCGCUGCCGGGCGGCCGCCACGCAGUGUCCUCUCCAAGGCUUGAGCCUUGGAAGAAGCGGACCGAAGAAGUUCACGAAGCUUUCCAGAAGGAGCAAGCGCUUCGAAAGCGGUACCACAAUCAGAUGCAGGACAUGAAAGGUGCCAUUCGUGUCUUCGCAAGAAUACGUCCAAAAGUUUCCCGAGAAGCUGAUCAAGAGAUCUCCGUCUGGAGACGGGAUGCCUUUUCACUGGAAUGUGCCGCGAAAGACAAGAAGUCGACUGCGAAGGACUACAACUUCGACGCUGUCUUUGAUGAGCACAACAGUCAAGAGGACGUCUUCGCUGACUGCCGUGGAUUGAUCGGCUCGGCCGUCGACGGCUUCAAUGUUACGGUGUUCGCCUACGGCCAAACUGGUGCAGGGAAGACUCACACCAUGUGCCCCAACCUCUCAAGCCAGCUACCGCUAGCCGCUAGCACCUUCUUGACCUUUGUUGCCAUCCUUUGCCCGCAAAAGGCCAUGCCCGGCUUGGUUCCACGGGCCGCAGAGGAGCUUUUCACGGUGCUAAGACGUUAUGCCCACGAAUGCGAGUCGAAAGUCCUUUGUUCGAUGUUUGAGCUCUACCGUGACGACUUAGUUGACCUCCUCUUCACGAAGGCCAAGGGCAAAGCCCCUCCGGUCCUGGACAUAAAGAAGGAUCCGAGGGGGACGGUGAAGGUGGAGAAUGCUGUGGAAAUCGAGGUAACCAAUCCCGACGAGCUGCAGAAGACGAUCAGCACGGGCAUGGACCGGCGGCAUGUCGCAGCUACGAAGAUGAAUGCAGACUCUUCCCGGUGCGGAUCUCACGAAGGGGAGACAGUACUCUGGCAUGUGCAGAGCAGUGAAAUACGAUGCUUUUGA